GCAAACACAGGCAGAGAGGCACACUUAAACACACAGAAAAGGAGAGGAGACAGUCCCAUCUCUUUAUUCCCCGUCUGCUCAGUGUCUGAGACUGAACACUGUGAGUUCAUUAUUAUUUUUAAAUCCUCUCCAUAUCUGGAAUUCUUUUACACUUAAAGGUUUUCAUGCUGGGACAAGCAGCGGAGGACUGAUCGUGGGUCCGGCAGGAAAAAUGGUUCCAGUUAAACUCCUCAUUCUGGGAGCUCAGAACAGUGGGAAAACAGCACUUUGUGUUCGCUUCAUAACCAAGCGCUUCAUUGGCGAGUACGACCACAAAAAGGAGGUGACCUACAGGUGUAGUCGGGUGGUGGACCAGGAAGCUGUAGACCUGGAGAUUUUGGACAUUGGGUGUAAGGAGAGCACCGUGGCUGCUCUGGAGGCAUCUAUCCGCUGGGCUGACGGUUUCCUGCUGCUCUACUCCAUCACACAGCGCCUCAGCUUCCUGGAGGUCCCGCGGCUCAAGAAACUUAUCGACCAAACCAAACAGAGCCUGGUUGUUCCUACAGUGCUAGUAGCCAAUAAGGCCGAUCUGGAAAUAGGACGGGAGGUGACAGCAGAGGAAGGACAGAGACUGGCCAAGGAUUUAAGGUGUGCUUUCAGGGAGCUGUCAGUGGCCGAAGCUGUUUCGGCUGUGGAGGCAGCAGUGUUUCAACUCAUCAGGCUGGUGUUGGAUCAGCAGCGGCCUCUGCCUGACCGUCGCUCCUACAUGCUGACGGUUCGCCAUGCUCUGACCAGGAAGCUGACCAGAUCUAAGACCAUGCAGUGGUGACCGCAAGCGAACAAACUCUUCACAGGUUAUAGUUACAGUGGGACAUUUGAUAAGCACACUGCUGUUUUUUUUUUAAAUUCCAGACUGAUUUUAUGAUAUCAGCACUGUAGUGUUGCAACAAAAAGACACUAUUUCCAACGCAUUUGCAACAUCCGUAUUUGGAUGUUUUCGAGUUUAUGUCUGCAGCUUCUACCUGUCUGGAUUUCUGGUAAUUUUUGGUGCAUAUAUUUUGUUAGCAUAAUUAAACGGCGAUGCUCAGUUAUGUGUAUUUACGUAGAUUUACUUUACAUCCAUAUGCGACUGUCCUAGUAGUUUGUUGUGUUUCAUUCUCCAGUAGAGGGCGGCACAGUCUUCGCAUCUGGUGCUGACUCAGUCUCACAGUAUGACUAAUACACUAAAUGGCCAAAUGUAUAUGGAGACCCUUGUGCCGUUUGCAGUGGGAGACUGAACAGCAGCAGAUGAAUGCCAUUUGUUUUGGAAUGAGAUGCUUAAGAAUCACACUUGAAUGUCAUGUUACCAAUGUUUCCACGUACUUUUGUCUUUUGUGUCCAUCUCAUUAUUUUCACACAAGUUGAUUUUUAUAAUUUUUAUAUUAUCAUGUAUAAUUUAUACGAGAACACAAACAAAUCCUUUAAUUAAUUAUCUUGUUAUUUAUCCAUCAGCAGGUGAAUAACAAGUUAAACUUGGCCUUGUUGCAGGGGUGUGUAGAUGAUGUAACAGCGUGUAAAGAAUGAGGCUGGCUUUGAUUACAGUCUUGAUGUUA